AUGUCUUGUGCUGCGCACAUGGAGCAACCUAUGGUUGCGAGUGAUAGUAUUGGAGGACACACGUUUCCAAGCUGUGUAAGAUGUAAAGAGUCUAUCACCUCGGGUCACGCAUAUGAAUUGGGCGAUGAUCGAUGGCAUACGCAUUGCUUCUCGUGCUACCGAUGCGACAAACCUUUGAGUUGUGAUAGCGACUUUCUCGUGUUGGGGACAGGUACAUUGAUUUGCUUUGAUUGUUCAGACUCGUGCAAAAGUUGUGGGAAAAAAAUUGGCGAUUUAGCAAUCAUCCUGUCGUCAUCGAACGAAUCUUACUGCUCGGAUUGUUUCAAGUGUUGUAAAUGUGGUGACCAGAUUAAAGAUUUGAGAUAUGCUAAGACCAAAAGAGGGUUAUUUUGUAUACAUUGUCAUGAAAAAUUGUUGGCAAAGAGGAAGCGUUAUGAGGAGAAAAAAAGGAGACUGAAGAAAACUUUACCAGAGAUACCGCCAGCGACUUUAGACGAGGAAUCUAAAACUCCAAAAGAUUUAUCACAGCCUAUAGUCAUACCAGAAAAAUCUAAUCGAAGGCCAUUGUCACCGAAAAGAGAUCAUCAAACGGGACAGACCUCGCAAUCGUCUCAUGAUACGCAUAUGAGAACUAAUAGUGAAAGCGUUAUUUCUCAAUAUCUGGCUAAUGAUAGUGACGAGAUUGAGGAAGAUUCUGAGACUUCGGGCAAUGGGGAUGCUGAUUAUAAAAACGAUGAAGCAACAUCCACCAAUGGAGUAAAACACGAGAGAAAUGUGUCGAUUGAUGAUAUUCUAAACUCAACAUUGGAGAAUGAUGGCGGUAAUGGUACUGAAAGUAUUAACAGCGUACAGCUUUCUGUGAAAAAGGUCGAGAAUGCGAGAACCUUACUAAACAAAACACCAUUAAGGAACGGUCACCGUCGCGAUGGUUCAUUUUCAAGAUCACCGUUGGGUAAUAGAAAGGGAAUGGUUAUGGAGGAUGAUGACAGUGAGUGUGAUUCACGUAAUCCCUUAGAACAUUUAUCUGAAACAUCAAUUGAUGAAGUACGAAAUACGCUAACAACGGCAAUAAAUACGCCAACAGCAAUUCAGGUAGUUAGUCCCGAGAGGAAAGCACAGGAAGUAUUCAGUGGGUUGGACCAAAAUAAUUCCAAGAAAUCAAAUGGGUCUACUGAAACAAAUUCGCAAGAACCAAUAAACGAGAUAUAUGAGGAGGAAGUAUCAAGUCAAGAAGAUCAUCUUCGUGCGGCUCAAAAUAUGCAGGAGAAAAGACAAGGACUUGCUUUGAAUAUUUCUUCCAAUAUUAUACAGUCCCUUAGUUCUGCUAGGGAAGAGGACACCUUGACCUUGGGCAUAGAUUCAAAUACGCUCCGAACAAUCACGAGUCCCUCGACAUCACAUCGUCAACCAAAUUCUUCACCUGAAAUAGCGCUGAAAAAUGGGGUCGACGUUCCCACUGGAAGCACACAUUCGAAAUCUUCCUCGGAAAUGAGCGGCAAUGCGUACAUUCAAAGCACUAACAGUACUGUUAGUACUGGUAGCAGAUCUAUUGGAAGAUCUCUAUCCAUGAAGUCGAAGAAUUUGGUCAACAAUUUGAAAUCCAAAACUUCAGGAAUACUAGAUCCUAAGUCAGCAUCUUCUUCCUAUGGACGUUCAAAUGGCCGCAAUUCACCAAUUUCAACACCUCCUUCCUCGGCUUCUUUCUCUCCAAAAAUGGAUUCUUUUGAUACACACUCCGGUUGGGGUGUUCCCUCAAUCCACGAACGAGAUUCCCGUAGAGGGUCUCCUUCACUGUCUACCAGAAGGUUUAAUUCCGGAGCCAGAAGUGAUGGUACAACCCAGUUCGACAAAAAAAUAAUUAGCUCCAGCUCAAAUAUGGACGCUGUUAGUCAUCAAAGAUCACGAAGUAAUGUCAGCGUUAACAGCGGUGUUAAUAUUUCGAUGUAUAGGACGCCGCCAUUGGAAAGUACGCCCGCGUUUAGUAGAGGUUCUCUUUCUGAAGCUGGCUCUCAUUUGAGAAACACAAGUUGGCAAGCAAACAACUUACCUGUGAGCAAAGAAGAAAAUGAUGAAUCUGUGAAUAUCGAUAGUGAAAAUGAAAACUUCAUGAAGAAAGAACUAGCGGAGACAGAAUUAUACUUGAGGAAGCUAAAGCUAGAAUUGGGAGAACUGGAGUCAAAAAAAUCACACCUGAAGAGUGAAGUCGAUUCUCUACAGAUGAACAAAGACUCUCUUACUCGGGAAAUUGGUCUUCUCAGAAGUCAAAAAGAGAACUUUACAUCUUCAGAAUCAUUGGAGCAAAUAUCUCACAUUCCAGAGGUUUUGGAGUCCCAAAAGAUGCAGGUAUCGAAUUCUGAUAGCACAUCACCUGCAAAGCAGUUAAGCACCGCAAGUGUUGCUAGACCUGCAGCCAAACCUCGUUUCUGGAAGAUUUUUUCAGGUGGAAAACAGCUGACAGGACCUGCUUCUCAAGGUCAACAACACCAUUCUCAGUCAUCAAAUACACAAUCCACUAAUGGUGGUUACAACACUUCAUUAUCUUCAAGCUCCAGUAAUCCUACAUCUGGUAAACGUAUAGAUAUUUCGGCGCCAGUAUUACAAAACCCUAAUGAGUUUAGUGAUAUGAAGUUGCUACCAAUAGUAAACAAGUCGUUUUCAUCAACUAGCUCACAGGCAUCGCCUUCAAAGCAAGAUGGUACCUCACUAUAUGGAUCUCAACUAGUAGCUAGGUGUUCCUACGAGCAAACUUUGGUUCCAAAAUUAUUGCUUGAAUGUGUUGAUCAAAUAGAGAGCGACGAGGAAUUGAUGAGAACCGAAGGCAUUUAUAGAAAAUCUGGUUCACAGCUACUUAUUGAUCAAAUCGAGAGGGAGUUUAUCGCUUGUGACGCCAAUAUCUCACCUGAGCUUGGGAAUCUUUUGAAGGAGGAUGUCCAUGCUGUGGCAAGCGUUCUCAAAAGAUAUUUGAGAAAGCUACCAAACCCUGUUUUGUCCUUUCAAAUUUAUGAACCGUUGAUGAGCACAGUUAGGGAAAACAGUUUAAUGACCGAUUUACCAUUGAAUAAAGGUGCAAUUCAAAACUCGAAUAAUACCCUUUACAGGCCCGCAAUAGAAUCAGUUCGCAACAUCCUAGAUCUUCUACCAACAGAGCAUUAUGAAUCGAUGAAAUUCUUGGCUCAGCAUAUCCAUAAGAUCACCACAUUUAGUGAAUCCAAUUUGAUGAAUCUGUACAAUUUAUCUCUAGUUUUUGCGCCAGGUUUGAUUAGAGAUUAUAAUGGAGAAAAGGAUAUCAUGGACAUGAAAGAACGAAAUUACAUAAUUGGCUUCAUUGUUGGAAACUACACAGAAAUUUUCCAGACAAUCUAG